AGUUUCUUAGCAGAUUGAAGUUGGCCUUUGGUUGAACCGUGCAAGCUAUCUUCUCUAUUUCUCUCUUAUUUCUGUCUCUACAGUUCUCACUAAUCUCUUCUUUUCUUUUCGUCCUUUGGAGCCUUAGUCUUGUUGCAGUAAUAUUUUCUUUUCAUCCAACAAUAUGGCUGGGAUUCCUGUAUGUAUCCAAUGUGGAACGACUGCCAACCCUUGUCGAUGCAAGGUGGUCGGCCCAACUCUUGGGUUCUUGGCGUUUGCUGCAGCGGCGAUCGUGGAAUGGCCUGUGGGUGCUUUUGUUUACCUGUUUAGACACAGGAGUGGACGCAGGAUCAUGGCCCAUCCAGCUACCGUUAUUUAUCCUUCGGUCACCACUGCAAUACCCAUUUAAUGCUUUCUUAUGAUCACGCAACCAUCUUCUUCUUCUCUUUUUUUAUUUCCUAAGCAAGCACACGUGUCUUACUUGAGCUUGGGUGUGUUUUAUCAGUGUCUGUUGGUCUUGAAAAUAUGAAAUUUAAUAAUAUUGCUUCGUACAAGCAAUACAAUGAUGCUAUUUUGUUACUUGUCAAAUGAGUUCAAUUAUAAAGUUCAUCUUUUAAAGAA